GACAUGAGUGGUUACAAACAAUAUGAUGAUGUUGAACCUUAUAGACAAAGAAUUCGAGAUCUUGAAGCUUAAUUAUAGAGAAUGGACGUUAGAUUUAGUAAUGUUCUUACUCAUGCUGGGAAAGGAGAUACAUAAUUUAAUAACGAUUUGCAUGUAGAAUUAGAGAAAAUGACAAAAUAAAUGAUAUAAAAGAGAAGUGAAGCUGAAUUAUGGAAAUAAAAAUAUGAAUAAUAAUUAUCAUCAACUAUGUAGAUGAGAAAUAAUUAUGAAUUAGAAUUAUAAUAAUUAUCAAAGGAAGUUUAGAGGUUGCUUGAUAAGAUAGAUUAAUUUGAAUAUGAGAAAAGAUUGAAUGAUAAAUAAUUAGUUAGAGAAACAUUAUAAGAUAAGGAUUUAGAGAUAGAUGAUUUAGUGAGUAAAUUACAGAGAAUGAGAUUAGAACAUGAAAAUGAAUCAUAAAGACUAUUAAAUGAGAAUGAUAAUUUAAGACAUAAGAUAAAUCAAAUUGAAUUGGAUAGAUAAAAGUAUGAUAUUAUUUAUAUUAUUUAAUAGAGAGUUAGAACAGAUGAGAUUUAAGAUAGAGACAUUUCAUUCAUAAAAUUUAGAUAAUUUAAGAAAAACUCAUUAGAGUUAAAUAUCAGUUGUUGAAUCAGAAAUUGAUAAAUUAAGAGGAUUGUUGGAAAUUAAAAAUAAUGAAAUUGAAACAUUGCUUUAAUAAAAUAUGAAAUUAAAAGCUUCAUAUGAAAAUUAAAUAAAUGAAUUAAAUGCUUAAUUUGAUGGUUAAAAAUCUAAGUAUUAAAAAUAAGAAAUAAUUCAUCGAGAUUAAUUAAAUUAAUUAUAAUAGUAAUUGUUGGAUGAAUAAAAAUUUAGUAUGUAAUCUUUAAGCAAGAAUUAUGAAUAAAGUAUAUUAACUUUAGAAAAAGAAAUUGUAACUCAUUAAAAGAAAAAUGAUAAUUUAUCAAAAGAAAUCUAAGAGUUAAUAAAUGAAAAGACAUAAUUAGAGAGACAAUGUGAAUUAUUAAGAAAAGAUAAUGAAAUUUUGAAAUAGAGAUUGACAUAAAUUGAAUAAAUAAAGUAAAAAGAUUUAUAAUAUAUGGAAUCAGAAUUAUUAUAAACAAAACAAUCAUAAAUAGAAGUUGAAAAUGUUUAUAAGCAAUAAGUGAUUAAAUUAGAAAAUGAAUUAUAAAUCUAAACAGAAAAAGAGAUAGUAAAGAAUAAAGAAGUAGAAACUCAGAUCUAAUAAUUUAUUUUAAUAAAAUAAGCUUUAGAAGAAGAUCUAUAACAUUUAAGAUAAUAAAAUUUAACUUUAAAUGAACAAAUAAAAGAAUUAGAAAAAAUAGCUUCAUUCGAAUAAGAAGAAUGGAAAGUCAAAUUGCAAUAAAAUGAGUAUAUGUUAAAAGAUAAAAUUCGUAAUCUUGAAAACAAAGUUGAUUUAUUAAAUUAAGAAUUAAGAAAAUAAAAAGAAUUAACUGAUUCUUAAAUAAGAUAGAUUCCAGAAAGAGAAUUCAAAGCUUUAAUUGAAGAAAUUGAAUAAUUAAAAACAAAAUAAGUGUUGUAAGAAAGAGAUAAAUUAAAAGAACGAGAAGAUUUAAGAACAAAGCUUGAAUAAUCACAUCAUUAUCAAAUAGAAAAUUUAAAAGCAGCCUUUAAUACUUAAAUCAGAAUUCUUGAAUAAGAAAAUAAGGAUUCUAAAAAUAUUAUCACAUAAAAAGAGAAUACAAUUUAAGAAUUAUUACAUAAAUAUUAGAAUUUAGAAUCUGCAUAUAGUGGAUAAACUAUUGGACCAUAAGAAUAAGCAUCCAAAAAUAUUUAUUAAGCAUAUAUUCGUUCAUCAAAUAGACAAUCAUCAUUACGUAAAUAAUAAUGA